CCCAAAUUGAAAUCCCAGCUCGGAGCUCCCUUCCCUCUCUCAUCCCAAAAACCCUCGCGACCUCAGCCCCCUGCUCUCUAAUUCCUUCUUCCACAAAACCCUAGAGCCCAUAAUCUCCUUUCUCUCUUCAAAGACAUAAUGGAACGGCUUCUUCUCGAGAGGCUCGAGGUCCACCUCGACCCGCUCUCCGACGAGCGCCGCCGCCUCCGAGCUCUGGCCUCCGCUAGAGCUCUGAUCGCCAACCCCGACUCCUCCGACUCCACCCGCCGCUCCACUGUCGACGCCCUCAUCCGCUCCCUCGACGCCCACUACGGAGACCCCGCCUUCCUCCGCCCCGCUCUCAAGCUCCUCGGCGACGCGGCCGUCCUCCACCGCCCUCUGGCCCCCUCCGUCAUCGCCGCCGUCCGACCUUUCUUGAACGGUGGCAAGAGCCUCGCCGCGGAUGCCAUCGCCGUUGUUGCGUCCAUAGCGGAGAGCAGUCCGGAGGGAGGAGGAGAGGGAGGCGUCUCCCUUCUUGCCUCGGUACUGGACGAGGAUCUGGUACUCUCGCUUGCGUCGAGCCCUGUCUCGUUGGUUCGAUCGCGGAUUCUUAAUUUGUUGGUCUCGAGUAUUGGAAGAGCUCAGAGUUCUGUUUCUCUCCUACGGCCUCAUCUUAUGCUUCAGGUGCUUCUUGGCCUUGCGGUGGACCUCUACCCGUUGGUUAGGAGAGUGGCCCUCGAUGGCAUCAUGGCGUUCUGUGAGGUUGCUGGAUCUGAUCUCGACGGUUCGAUCAUCGACUGCUGCUAUGAUCGUGCGGUCGAGCUUUUCAGGGAUGAAGAUGAGCUCGUGAGGUCCGCUGCUGUUCGGGUGGUCAGUAAGUGCGGGCAGAUGUUUGCAGCGAGCAAAGAGAGAAUGGGAAACAUGGAGAGGAUGGAUGUGAUUUUUGUUCAGCUUUGUUCAAUGGCAAGAGAUAUGAGUGUGAAGGUUAGAAUCGAAGCUUUUCUUGCCCUUGGGAAAGUACAAUUGGUAUCAGAGAAUGUUCUGUUACAGUCCCUUUCUAAGAAAGUUUUGGGGGUUAGAAGUGGAAGCAAAACUAUUACUAAAUGGUCUGUAAAUGAAUCUAAAUUUUCAUUAUCAGCAGCUGGUGCAUUCGUACAUGGGAUUGAGGAUGAAUUUUAUGAGGUACGAACAAUUGCCUGUCAAUCCUUGGGGAUGCUCGCAACUUUUUCUAUCCAGUUUGCUGACAAUGCUUUGAACUUAUUAAUGGACAUGUUGAAUGAUGAUGCAGAGGCUGUUAGGUUGCAGACUUUGCAGACACUGUUUCAUAUGGCAACACAUGAUCAUCUGAGGGUGCAGGAAAAACACAUGGACAUGUUUCUUGGUUUGUUAGCUGAUAUUAGUGCCUUAAUAAGACGUGCAGCAAGGAAGGUGCUCCAGCUAAUGAUGCUGCCUGAUAUCGAGACUUUUAAGUCCGCAAUCAAUUGUCUCAUCACAAACUUGGAGACAUAUCCAGAGGAGGAAGAAGAUAUUUUCUCUGUCUUGUGCUAUAUUGGUAAGAACCAUGGAAAUUUCUUUGCCAAGUUAGCAAAAGAAUUCGCACAGGAGAUAGUACCAUCCUGUGGAGAACUGAGCUUGGACAGUCCACGUGUGGCAGCAAUAGUAGUGUUGUUUAUCUCAUCAUCCAUCUCGAAUGAGCAUCUUACUUGUAAUAUACCGGUGGCAAUAUUUUCUUAUGCAGUUUCUUUAGUUGGAAGGAUCAGUUGCUCUCUGGGAAAUGCUCUAAACAGAGAUGCACUCAUGGCCUAUUUGUGCCAUCACAGUGAAAUACCUUUUUCAGACACAACACUGAAGUCUAAAGUGGCUAAUGAAAUGUGCCACUCUUGGUCCUUGCACAGUGUAAUAUCAGAAGUAAAAGUUAAGGAAAAUUUGUUGAGCAUGAAUGAGAUAGCAACACAUCUCAAACAUUCUCAAAAAGGUGUGGAGCAGACAGACGAAGAAUUAAUGCAAUCCAUACAGUCUAUUUUGGAAAAAGUUGUGGAAACCUGGCCUUUGAUAAAGUUACACUGUGCACAUGAAGUGCGAAGGACAUUAAGAACUUGCAAGGAGGAACUGGAAAUGAUUGCUUGGAAUGUUAGUGGAUCUCCUUCUGCAUUAUUGGAAUUUGCAUUGCAGUAUGUUCAGAUAAUCCAGCUGAUUGCUGAAAUUUGGGAGAAACUGCAACUGAAAAAGUCACAUAUUGUUGGUACAAUGACUCUAGAGUUCUUACUUGAAAAAUUAAGUAUGUCCCUCCGAAGAAUGAGAUAUGGCUUCCCAGGGUUGUCUAGAGAAGUGGAAUGCCAUAUUAUAGAGUUAACCUUGCUUGGUUUUGUAUUUAGACUGUGCGAGGUUGGAACCUGUUCCAACUUUGUGCUGAAGAAGCUGCAAGCUAUAACUUCUAGUGCGGAAUUUCUUUGUGUAGAAGGAUCUUCUAAACUUUCUGAGUUUGCCAAAGAGCUAUUAAGGUCAUGUGCUGAAGGGGGAACAGGUGAAACUUCUCAGCCUUUUCCUAUUUAUAAGUUGCUUGAGCUCUUCAACCUUCAACAGGUGGCAUUCACUGGAAGAUUUAAGUGCAUAAAAGCAGAACUGCAAGUUUUCGGUAAUGAUUCUGAGAAUCCUCUGCCCUUUGUUCCAGGAUUGCCUGUGGGUAUCACAUUCCAGAUAACUGUGCACAACAUUUCUACCAAUGACAGGUUGUGGCUCCGAAUGGCUGUUGGUGUAUCUGUCCAGUAUGUCUUUCUGGACUCAUGUCAAUUUACUGGCCGGGAUGAAGUGAGAAAAUUUGCUGUUAAUACUCCGUUUUAUGCUACGCCGAAAGUUCCUUCAUUUUUGUUGAGGGCUUGCAUGCUUAUGGAAUGUCCAUCUGAAAAUGUCACUUAUCAGAAGAAAGAUCAAAGAGGGCCAAAGGAUGAUAUUUUUCUAGUUUGUGAGGAAAUUGAGGUUUAUUUGGUAAAAAUUGAUUCCAGAUGAAUAUGAAGACAGGCAGUUUAUGCGACUUCUCUGAGUUCACGUGAUAGGAUAAAUAAACAACAAAUGCCCUUCAGUUGACUUCCAUUGGUUGCUGCAAAGUCUCCGCACAAACUGACACGUCUACAUAUGAGCGUAUAUGGUAUGAGACCUGAUUGAAUAUUGAACAAUAAAUCAACAUCUGCAUUGUAUAUUAUUUCACAAUCAUAGCUGGCUGUUCAUGAGCUUUUUGCUUGGACUGACUGGAGAUCAAGAGGAAUCAUGCAUCUGAAGUUGUUGCUGGACCUGCCAGUCAAGAAUAGCCUUGUAACCCUUGCUUGUUGUACUGGGAGUCAGCAAUGAAACCACAUUCAGGAAAAGGGGCUUUUCGAAGGUAAAUGCUGACUUUGAUCUUGUGCUAGCUUGAAUAUCCAGCUAGGCCAAUUAUUUGCAGUUUGGGUGGCCAAAGCAGGUGGUUGAUCUGUGAAUUUUGUUUUUCCUGGGCAGUAUCUCGUCUUGUUGCAGUCACUUCUUUAGUAACUUUCAUGGCUUUCCUUUUACAUGUAGGCUUCGGCAUUGUGGAUUUGUUUAUUGGAAGCCAAAUUCAUCCACAAUCAUUAUCGGCCAGCUCAAUGUUUUCUUGAUCCAAAUGUCCAAAACAAGCAGCAUAUUGUGGAGGUAAUGAACUGAAAUUGGACACACCUUCUUUAAGGGGUCUGUGGAACUGUUUUUGUUUAAGCAUUUCUCUUUAGCAGAUAAUAAGCACCAAAGAAGUUUAAGGACGUGCAAGGAGGAUGAGCUGAUAUUUGUCUUGUAUAUUGCUUCUCCCACUAGCAAGCUAAACACUAGACUGGAAGCCCAUGAAGCAUUUCUCCUAUCUGAUUAAGUUGAUUAAAAUGCUCAGAAUCAGUUGGUUCUGGCGGUAGUUACUUCUAACAUAUCUUAUUCAAUCAGAAUUUCACAGUUGAAAUUGGUUUUCCACGGGUGCAAGUACCUUGAGCUCCAUUCAAUUAGGAUUUCAUAGUUGGACUAAAAAUGGGCGCUUCUGCACCUUGAUUUGGCUUGCCUUGAAAUAAAUUGACUCCAUCUGGAUGUUUUGGAUUUUCUAAUUUCUGAUGUGCUCAUCUACUUUCCAUGUCACCCAUGAUCUUUGUUUUCUGCAGAAUUUAGAAGUAAUUGUGAAGAACUUCCAGUCAACUGGGAGGUCAGAGUAUUUUGGAGGAGGUAAGUUGCUUGCAUCUUUAGGUUCUUAUUGCAAUCCGGUUCUUAGGGGGGGCCGUAGAAAACCACUGUUACUAUUGAGAUGGGACGCUCAAGGACUUUGCUAUCUGCCAUGAUAUGUAGAAUUUUGUUAAGAAUUGACUUUUGUCAAUUGAACCUCAUGAUAUUUUAUGAUGUCCGGGUGGCUGGUUACUUUUGUUUUGCACUGUCUGCUCUGGCUGGCUGAUGAUCGGUUGUUAAAAAUGUUCUGAACCAUCCUGACCCUUCAAGUGCUAUCAGAAAUUGUUGGAAAAUGUUAGAAGUGAGUAUAUUAGUGCGCACGCUACCAUAUAGUGGGAUACCUCAAGACUCCCCCGUUCUAUUCAUGGAAUUUGGUUGCAGGUAUGUUUAUCAUGAUCAUUUAUUCGUCAUUCAGGAAUUUAUCAUGAUCUUGUAUGAAGAUAGUACUGUCAGCAAACUUUUGUAUUCCUUUUAUAAUAUGAAAACCUUCAGUUUUUA